GUACUGCAAGUGAUUAAUAAGCCUAGCGGUGGGAAGUUUUGGUGUAUAAGUUGUGAGAAGGUCAUCAACGAUGCUAUUCCAAGGUAUGAUAUACAUUGUUAAGAAUUUUUUCUAACAUGUCACAAACACUACAAAGCUCUUUAUUUUUUAUGAGGACAUUGAGAAGAUUAUCGACCAACCAGCUAUUUGCGUAAUUUUAAGGAUAUACAGAUUAUACCACAGGUUCAAUACCGGAUGCAAAUCCAGAUCGCAAAUUACGGAUUCAAUACUGGGUUUUUUUAUUACUCCGCUUUUUCAAUUCCCCUCGACAGUCCUAGGAAAUCACCAAAAUUAUAAUCUUAAUCUUACCGAUGUAGAGCUAUGCAUAUUAGCAUAUUGCUUUGAUAAUAUUUUCUCUAUUGGAAACACAUUCAUGACUCAUCAAGAGUAUAGUGUCCUUUGCCAACCUCAACUCAACAUCAGAAAGUGUAAAGAGGGGCAGGCCGAUACUGGACGAAUCCAGACAAUUGGAGCAGUGAUGCCGCACCAUCCUGUCAUGUUUGAAAUUCAA